UAUUCUUGUCUAUCCUAAAAUUUUAUAAUGGGUAGUGCUCCGUGGAAUAUUUUAUUUUUGGUUUUUAUUUUUCUAGCCAAAAACAGCCCUGUUGGUGCAGGUUCUGCCUUUUUAGAUAACAGUUUACGAAUAAUUAAUGGACGCAAGGCCAACAUUGAGGACCAUCCGUGGAUAGUUUCUCUUAGAGAUUUCAACAAAGUUCAUAGAUGCGGUGGAUCUCUGUUAAAUGAGGACACUGUUGUUACCGCUGCGCAUUGUCUUCAGUAUGUAUUCUAUGUUUAUUGUCAAGCUUUUUGUAAGCAGUAUUUUAUUUGGUUAUAG